AUGGUGCUCGCUCUAUUCUCGCGGGGAGCUCUCCGCAGUUCCGUCGCCGCCGGCGUCAGCAGCAAGCGAUCCCUAUCCGAUGUAGCAAUCACACGCACUGGCAAAACUAUUCUACGGACAGAGGGAGGCCGGUCUUCUCUCGGAGGACAUACCGCGACAGUCUUCGGUGCGACGGGUCAAUUGGGUCGGUACAUUGUGAACCGCCUCGCCCGUCAGGGAUGCACCGUUGUCGUCCCUUUCCGCGAAGAAAUGACAAAGCGACACCUGAAACUGACUGGUGACCUCGGCCGCGUUAUUUUUGUUGAGUACGAUCUUCGCAACACUGCUUCCAUCGAAGCAAGUGUGAGGCACUCGGAUGUCGUGUACAACCUUGUUGGCCGGGACUAUCCUACCAAGAACUUUACCCUUGAGGAUGUGCAUGUGGAAGGAACAGAGCGUAUUGCUGAGGCCGUCGCAAAGUACGACGUUGAUCGUUACAUUCACGUCUCGUCUCACAAUGCCGAUGUCAACUCACCCUCUGAAUUCUUCAGAACAAAGGGACGUGGAGAGAUUGUUGCCAGAAACAUCUUCCCUGAGGCCACCAUUGUGCGACCGGCGCCCGUCUUCGGAUUUGAGGAUAACCUUCUGCUGAAGCUUGCUUCCGUACUGAACCUAUUCACAGCCAACAACAUGCAGGAGAAAUUCUGGCCAGUCCACUCCAUCGACGUGGGUGCUGCUCUGGAGAAGAUGCUGUAUGAUGACUCAACGGCCGGCAAGACUUUCGAGCUCUAUGGGCCCAAGCAGUACAGCUUGGCAGAGAUUGCAGCUUUGGUGGACAAGGAAAUCUUCAAGAAGCGACGACACAUCAAUGUGCCCAAGGCCAUCCUAAAACCAGCUGCCAAGGUCCUGAACGACGUUCUGUGGUGGCACACCAUCUCUGCGGAUGAAGUGGAGCGAGAAUUCAUUGACCAAGUCAUUGACCCUGAAGCUAGCACAUUCAAAGAUCUUGGUAUCGAGCCAGGUGACAUCGCCAACUUUACCUACCACUAUCUGCAAGGAUUCCGAAGCUCUAAUUACUACGACCUCCCCCCUGCUACGGAGAAGGAAAAGAAGGAGGACAAGAAAUCGCAAGCACGUGAGGUCAAUAAGCAAGUGACCACAAACACUUACGUCUGCGACCAUCCAACUCCGGCAUCUUCGCUCGACGGACAUUUCAGAGCCCAGCGUAGCAUCUUAUAUUCGCCUCUGCGCAAGCCGAUCCGGACCAGCCGCGAUCUCGAUCUUCGCAGCAGCGUCACAUACACCACCGGCGCCGCAAUCGUUCUCGCCGUCGUCACCAUCUCUUACCUUGCGACAGCCAACUUGCGCGAGCACCCAGCAACUACUGCGACUCCGGAAGACAUUGCGAUCGCUUCCCCGCCAUCUAACAGCAUGCCGGACCAAAUCGCACCGGGGCACGUGGGCAACCUCACCCCAGAGCAGGAAGAGAAGCUGCGCCAAUUGUGGCAGGCCUUCUUCCAGCUCUGUGGCGUCCUUGAGGACAAUGCUUCUGCCAGUACGAAUACGGCAGCUCAGGGAAAAGCGGAACCGGCAGAAGCAGAGAAGAAGAGGCGAUUUGGCGUCUUUAAGAGGAAGGGAAACGAAAAGGCCACCACCGCGAGCGAGGCUGCCGAAGACGACAAGUAUGGCCAGACCAAACACUUCCAAGAGGUUCUUGCGACCAACAGCCCGGAGGCAAUUCGGGAGACUUUCUGGAGCAUGGUGAAGCAUGACCACCCGGAUGCCCUCGCGCUGCGCUUCCUUCGAGCUCGCAAGUGGGAUGUGGACAAGGCCCUGGUCAUGUUGGUGUCUACCAUGAGCUGGCGACACAGCGACAUGAAGGUGGACCUUGACAUCAUGGCGAAUGGCGAGGAGGGAGCUGUUGUCAAUCUUCGUAUGGGUAAAAGCUUCUUGCAUGGUGUGGAUAAGCAGGGCCGACCAAUUUGUGUGGUCAGAGUCCGUCUCCAUCGUCAAGGAGAGCAGUGCGAAGAGAGUCUGGAGAGAUACACCGUUUUCCUAAUUGAAACGGCGAGAAUGGUGUUGAGACCACCUGUUGAUACAGCAACCAUCAUCUUCGAUAUGACUGGAUUUUCCAUGGCAAACAUGGACUACACUCCUGUCAAGUUUAUGAUCAAGUGCUUCGAAGCCAACUAUCCCGAAUCUCUUGGAGCUGUUCUUGUUCACAACGCACCGUGGAUCUUCCAAGGAAUCUGGAAGAUCAUCCGCGGCUGGCUGGAUCCGGUGGUGGCGGCCAAGGUUCAUUUCACGAAUAACAAGGGUGACUUGCAGGAAUUCAUCGAACCCUCGCACAUCCUCAAGGAGCUUGGAGGUGACGAAGACUGGGAAUUCAAAUAUGUGGAGCCUGUCGCUGGCGAAAAUGACUUGAUGAAGGAUGUUGAAACCAAGGCAAAGCUUCUCGCGGGCAGGGAAAAGCUUGUCAAGGAGUACGAGGACGCGACUCUACAGUGGAUACACAAGGAGGGCGAAAGCAAAGAAGUCCUGGCUAAGAGGGACGAACUGGCAACACAGCUCAAGGAAGACUAUUGGAGACUCGACCCAUAUCUGCGCGCGCGCUGUCUCUACGACAGACAGGGAAUAUUACAGGGCGGUGCUGCGGCGAACUGGUAUGAACCCUCAAGGGCAGCGACUGCUGAUGGGAAUGGGAAUCUAGACACGUCAAUCAACGAUGUAGAUUAA